GCAGGGAGAGGGUUAACCCCCCAGUGGGCGGGGCUUCGGGAAGCCCCGCCUCUCGCCACGUGACCUCCGCGGGCCAGGGGGCGGAACGAGAGGAAACCGGAACUUGUUGCCCGGCGGAGGAGCGGAGAGACCCGGGGCCGGCAGGAUGGGCUCCAGCGCCCUGGUGCAGCAGGAGUACAGGAAGUGUCUGGAGAGGGAUUUCCGAAGGGGUCACACUGGGGUCUGCACUGACCUGGCCCUGUGGGGUUUGCUGUGGCAACGCCUGCUGGAGGAUCCGGAGCUGCACUGCACCCUGCGGAACGAUGUCUUUGCCAUGCUCGCCAGCAGCCUUCAGGGAUGGGACGACUUGCCCUUGGCCCUCAGGGGGCUGGCCAGGGCCUUUGAGGUCCUUGAGCUGGCAGCUGUCAAUCUACACCUCCUCCCUUGGCGCAAGGAGUUCAGCACAAUCAAGAUGUUCUCGGGGGUGUACGUGCACUCCCUACAGGCGGCGCUGUCAGACAGUGACAUCGCAAAGAGCUUCCACAGGAUGGGAUAUGUGAAGAGAGAUGACCAUCACCUCGUGGUGUCCUGGCCACCCCUGGGAGCUGAGCUUGUCCAAGCUGCCUGCGGCUUCUUUGCAGCAAGGGUGGAGUGUGAGAUCCUGGGGGAGAUCCUACAGCAGCUGGGGCCAUGCCGAGUGUCUGCUGAAGACCUGCUACAGGUGCGGAGGGGCGCCAGGGACCUGCAUGACUGUGUGGAGAAGCUGAAGAGACUUGUUAGAUGGCCGAAAGGCAGAGAGUCCAGAGCCAAGGCGGCUCCUGGCAGUGCUGAAAGCAUUGAUCUCUAUGGGGAUGAGCUGAAAAGCCCAGAGGCUGUGAAUCUGUACAAUGACCCCAUAGGAGCCAGGCUGCAAUCAUCCCCAUGGGGUUUGUCCUCCCAGGAGCUACACAGGCCUCCCAUCUGGGAACAGAACUCCAACCUGUGGAGUGAGGCUGUUGGAAUAUCUUGUCCUGAGGAUCUCGGGGGAAAUGAGGGAAGGAUCUGGGACAACUGGGGGACUAGUGAGUCCAGCCAGGAGCAGCCGUAUAGAAAUGGGCCCGACUCAGAGGCUGCCGCCUUCUCUUUUAUCUCUUUAAGACGGGAGCUUAGCAGGAUCAGUGACUCGGUCUCUCCUGAGAACGUGGAGAACACAAACCCUCCUCUGAGCUCCCCUUCUGACACUGCAGUGCUCGAGCCACAUGGGGCAGCAAGCUGCCUAAUGCCCCGCUCUGCUGGCAAGGUUAUGCCCUUGGAGUGCAGAGCUGCCAACAUCUGGCCAAAGGCGGCAGAGAGCCCAUGGGAGCUGCCGCCAGCUGCCCUAUGGCUAGAGAGCAGCGAAAGGGAGGUGCUGGGGUCACCGUGCUACCAGCUGCAUUCAUGCCUGAUCCGAGGUGCUCUCCCUUCCUACUGCUGUGCCACGUGCUGCCUGCUCCAUGCCAGCAGCUGUGAUGCCAUGCAGACCUGCAGGAGUAGCCACUGCAUGGAGGAGCUGCAGAGUGAGAAGCAGAAGCUCCUGUGGUUAAAGAGGACCGAGGUGGACAUGCUGCUGAACGAAGGCUCUGGGGCUCGGCCCUAGCUACAGGACGAGCUGCCUGCAAAUGCCGUGGGAUAUGCCAACCAAAUCCUGCCUCUGGGGGAAGCAUCAGGACUUGCCUGAUGCCACCUGGUUCUGUGCUAGGGAAAACCUCUGGUGGCAGAGCUGCUUUCCUCCCCCCACCCCGAUAGAGCAGUGCUCCGUAGAGACUCGCCCCAGAUCCUCCCCUGCUGUAGCUGCCUACACUAACCCUGUCCUAUGUUCAACACUACUACUCUUCCCUCCCAACUCCUAUGAGCCAAUUUCAGGGAUUGGCCUCCGCUGUGUCUCUGGCAUGAUCUCCUGGCCCUGUUUAGUCACCGCUCUAGCUUCCCUCUGCCAGAGGAGCUGGGGCCUCUUAGCUCACAGGCUUCUUAGGACAGCCUGAAAUAUUGGUAAGGACAAGGAGAAAUUAGAGACUUGCUCUUUUUCAAGCAAUUCCUGUGAGUUGGUGGAAGGACGCUGCUCCGUCCAGGUGCUCUGUGACACGGCCCAUGUGGACAGCUCUGCCCCUGCCCCAGGAGAGAAGAUGGCUUUGGGGCAGAUCUUGUGCUGUUUCCCAGCUCAUGCUGGUCCUACCCAUUGCUGCUCAGGCUGACUGGCCUUAAGGUUCUGGAUGGGACAAAAGGUGCCCAGGGAAGAAGUGUGUGGGUUUAGGCCGGGACCUGGCCCCUUCUGGCAGUGGGGGUUUGAGCUAGAGCAGCUUUUGCCCCAGACUGAUGGGUCAGAAGGAAAUGACAAACGCUUUUAGCUGUGUGCAUCUGCUCUUUAUUGGGUGAUGCGUCUCCCUCAUCCUGCCUGGCUCAGCUGUCAGGGCGAGUUUACAGCCUUCAGGGAGCUAGCAAGCUAGGCUCUUGCACUGCAGUAUCCCCUAGCACCAAAUACCUUUCCCCAUGAGUGCUGUGGCACUUUGGGUUCUCCAGAACCAAUGGUUGCUGGAGCUUGGAGGAAGGGUUGCACUGUUAGUCCCACAGGAUGCAGCGCAUUAGGAGUUCCCUUGUGCUGUGGUUGAUGCUCCAGCUCCUUGGUCAGAGCUGUAGGGAUUCAGUUACCAUCUCCCCAGGGCUCAGCUCUGACUCUACUCCUCCACCUAGGUCACAGCUUGCACCUUUCCUGGGAAGCUGCUGAGUGCUUUGGGGCAGAGCAAAGCUUCUCUCCCCUCCCCCCCCCGUUAAGGGUUAAGUAGAAUGGGCACUGGCUCCUGGAAAUGACAGCCAGUCCCCUCCCCAUGUGCAUGUGUGCACAGCCUGGCUGGAAACACAAAGGCAGCAGGAUGUUGGACCCAGGAAAGCCAAAAAAAAGGGAGCUGCCUUCUGCUGUGGCCUGGGGGUGGGCAUGGCCCCCUCUUGCUAUGCUAUUUAGAGCAGCAUUGCUAGCGCUCCCAGCUCAAACUCAGAAAGGGGAAGCUGAGAACACUGGGGAUGUCCCCCAGUUUCAGUGUGAGGUGGCUGGAAUCAGUGCCAGCAGCCAGGCACCAAAGAGAACCACCCCAGGUCAGAUCCAGUGGUGAUGAGGACUGUACCUUCUAGGGCACACCUGCCUUUCAGCUGGCCCACUGUCAGUCUGCACUGGCCAAGUACCCCAGCCCCUCUGGCUGGGUAAGGCCCCCUUCCCAACUCAGCGCCGACUGGUAAUGCUCAUUUCUGCUCUCCUCAGAAUAAAGAAAGAACAUUCUCUGUCACCUCCACAGCUAGGUAAUAAAGCGUUUUUCUUGCUA